AUGCCUCGGCAUUUACAAACCGUGUUGUCGUCGUUCUACGUGCUACCCUUCCUCUGCAACUGCGUGCUGGUGUCCACCUCGAUGCUGACGCCGCUGAAGGCGGACGGUGGACUGAGGAUAUUCAAGGAUGUGCCAGGUGAUCUCGAGUACGUGCUGAAGAGGCACAACGUCGAGAGUCGUUCGGACGAUUCGGACUCGAAGGAACGACGUAGCAGUAUGGGCUCGUCGUUCAUCAGAUUUGGACGUAGCGAUUCGGACAGCCAUAUCGAGAAAGUUCUGGGCGACGAAGGGAACGCAGGUGGCUCGAAGGUGAACAGGUAUCCACGCUGGAAGUCGCCCGACAUCGUGAUCAGGUUCGGCCGAUCGGACAUGAAGGCGAUCGGCGCCGACAGAGAGUACAAACGGGGAAGGAACGGGCAGAGCUUCAUCAGAUUCGGCCGUGGCUCGCGGAUCUGUACCGAUCUGUUGCCGAACGACGAAACGGUCAAGGAUCUUUAUCCGUACGAGGCGAGGCUGCUGCGUCUUUGCAACGUGCUGACCAACAUGGACCCCGAGCCGAGAACCGUGCCGGACUUUCUUGUGGAACGUGUCGAAAGGGACCAGGAGUAA